UGGGCCGCAUGAUGAGGAUACUUGUCGUGACUUUUGGCGUAUGGUGAUCGAAGCUCGUCCAUAUGCUAUUGUUCUAAUGAAUGAGGUGAAUAACCCGACUGCCUUCUACAAACGAUUCUGGCCGAGUAAGAGUUGCAAAUAUGAAUUCGAAAAGGAUGGAGCUCGUUGGAUUAAAGUGCAAAAUGAAGGAGUGACGUCUGAAGCUCCCGAUUCUGCCUUCACCCACUUCACCUUUACGGUCACCGACUGCAAAAACGACCAUGUAAUCAAACCAGCUGUCUAUCAAAUGAUUGAUGAUGAUUCCCCUGUGCCUGCAUACUUCCCUCUUCUUCGGAGUGAGGUGAAUUUUAAACAUUAA